UCACUUACGCAUCUUCGUGCUGACAUGCGUUGGUGGUUCACGACGUCAGAUCACCAAGUGAAAAUCGUCAUUCUCGUCCACCUAGAUCGUCUCCAGCAUACGAUCAUCAUUGAGAGAUGGGAAGAGGAGGUACCAGAUCGUGGAGCACCUUUGACACGAAGGCGGGAGCAUUUGAUUGCAGAAGGCAGGUUGCUUGAGCCGGUAAACCAGCAAAAAAUCGUCAUUACCGGUGACGGAUCAAUGGAUCCGGCAUCAUACAAUGUC